GGCGUGCCGCAGCUGCAUUUGUAUGACACGUAUUGGAAGGGAUGCCGGGGGUACCUUGUGGGGGUUUUGGGUCGUCCUACGAUUGGUUUCUUCUACUGCCUGGAUGGAAAUGUGAUGCCUCAUUUCGGUCAAGGUAGAGGAGCGCCCCGAAAUGUAGUUAGUCAGCUCGGGGUCCAUCGGCGAGCCCAGUUCUAGGGCUGGUUUAGCUCAAGUCGACCGAUAUUCAGUCCCGCCAUUUAUCUAUCAACGAGGAGUGUGUGAUCCCUGUGCACUGGGGUUUUGCGCCUUCUCGCUCCAGAAACAUCUCGACACUCUUACCAAACAUUUCCUCACGCGAUCAUGGCCAACCUCCGUCUUGUCCGCCAGGCUAAUACCGCCGUUCGGGAGCAACGGCCUAACCUCGUGGCAGUGUUUGUUGGAGGAACUAGUGGAAUCGGAGAAGCAACUGCAAAAGAGUUGGUCAAGACAGCACGGUCUCCUACAAUCUACAUCAUAGGUCGUAAUCAGGAGGCCGGCUCCAGUAUUCUGGCUGAUUGCAGGGCUCUGAACCCCCAUGGUUCAUAUGAAUUCAUCAUGUCAGACGUGUCCCUUCUCCGUGAAGUCGAUGCAGCUUGUCGAGAAAUCCAGCGAAAGGAACCUGUCGUGGAUUUGCUCUUCAUGACUCCAGGCCACCUCGCGACCGGAAAAAGUGAUACGCCCGAAGGACUGGACAAUAACCAUGUACUCCGAUACUAUGCCCGCAUGCGGUUUAUUUAUAAUCUUUUACCUCAACUACAAGCUGCUGAGCUUCCUGCCCGUGUGCUCACUGUCCUUGCUGCUGGGAAGGAAGGUCAAAUCGAUGAAGAUAAUUUUGAUCUUCAAUCAAACUGGUCCUUUACUACUGCUGCUAGCUACGCAGCAACGAUGAAUUCUUUGGCAAUGGAGUACCUGGCUUUGCGGUAUACGUCCAUUAGUUUUAUCCAUGUGUUCCCGGGGCUGGUGCGGACAUCGCUGAUGAAGUCGAGCUUUGGUAGUCUGGUUGGUUUCGCGAUUGGCCUUGUUACCAGACCACUGUCAGUGUCGGCACAGGAAAGCGGAGAGCGCAACGUCUUUCUUGCCACAUCAAUGGCAUAUCCGCCGAUGGCGUAUGCGGGAGAUGCUAGGAAAGACGGACUUGAUGUUGCCAUCGCGUCUACGGGGCGGGCUGGUGGGGGCUCCUAUCUAGUUAAUUUCGAUGGGACCGAUGCGACAAAUCAGACCCUAAUGGCAGAUUAUCGCCAGAGGGACUAUCCUAAGAAGCUAUGGGAACAUACCCUACACGUUUUUCAAAGGGUUAUUGGAUCAGAAUCUUAGGCUGCUUGUUUUAUGACCUAAACUGCGAUGGCCGCGGUGGAUCUGGAAGCUCUGAUGUUGAUACUUCAUGAUUAGUAAUGAAAUUGGAAAAUCAUAACUAUAAGGAGAUGCACUUUUCGUAAC